CUCGCCAGGCCCGAACCCACGGCAAACGGACUGAAGGGAUUUCGCCAAGCAUCCAAUCGAGUCAACGUGCAAAUGUUUCUCCGCGAUUGACGCCCUCGCGGCGGCUUUCAACGGUUGUUCUCCAAUCGGCCAUGGCACCUUUUGGCACCUCUCGUCCACCUUCGUCCGUAUCCGCUUGACCCAUGACUCCGGAGCGCGGUCAACCGCGACUACUACAAUCCCCAUGACCGAGCACGGCAAUGAUUGGGAGCAGGAUCUCGAUCUGCUGCAGUCAGAAACGGCCCAUUACCCCCAGUAGAAACCUUGAUGAUAUCUCGCGCUUUCAUCACCAUCGGGUCUCCGCGCGGUAUGCCAAUAUGUUGGGUUGACCGUCGAACCACUAACCUCAGGAUCUGGGAGCAGCGUGAUGCCGUGACCCAUCCAGCAAAUCCCAAUCACAAAUGAUCCGAAUUUCACCUCGUUGCGCGGCAAAAAUAGCCGUCCCAGGCAUGCUCGGCAUAGCCAAAGCCCAUUUUGAAAAAGACUCGAUCGUAGUCCAUAUGCGACUUGUUGAUGACUGCACGGCAAAGCUUUGAAAGCCCAUGGCAGUUGUCAAGUCAACCGGCGCCGAGCACCCCAAGCCAAAAAUUACCCGACCCGGAGCCUAGGCCUAGGGGCACCAAAGGUCCUCUAUGUCACGUUUGUGCAGAAGUGUUGGGGAGGGUAGGGACAAGCCUGGGCCAGUUGGGACAGGGACGCAACUUGGGGCUGUUGAUGCCGAGGCCACGUCCCGGAGAGCUCCGAGGUCUCGAUGUUGAGCCGCUGCCAUGCUCACUAACUCGAAAGGCCGCCUAUGACGGACCACCGGCGUUAAAGAUGGUACCUCCAUGUGCUCUCAGAACAGGGCUCCAGCCGAAUACAUAGGGGCCCAUGGGGUCCUCUAGCCCCUGUAGCGAAAGCCCGCUGGCUUUAGCGACUUGAGGUGGACUUUCUAGGUAUGCACCCUGCCCUGCCCACCUAGCCCAGUGCGAUCCAGACCUUUUGCCGUUGAUAUGGAGUUGGAUUCUUGGGCGCAAUCGUAUGACUGGCAGGUGAUGCAGAUCGCCCGUUUUGCAGCAGUGGGUCUGCUGCACAUGGAUGCAAUGCACGCACAGCCCCAUGCGGUAGUAGGUAGGCGAGCGGGAGUACCUACACGAGCGUGCGUUACCGAACGAUUCCGAGUCAUUUGACUAUGUCCCUUUAAUAUCAAAAAGCCCAUUGUUCUCUCUCGAUGGCAUAUAGUAGUUGUCAUUGCAUCACCAAGAUCACCCAGAAAACUCAAAACACCACAAUCCAGACGCUUGUUCAUCACCAGACAAGCCGUCCGAUUAAACAGACAACACAUCAAGCGCUCGGAUCGCUACCCGCACAGUCUGAAUGCAAAACAUCAAACACACCACACCCGAAAAUAAACACACCUGAUUUCGUGACCAGAUGGACAUCAGGACAAUAACCAUGGACCAACCCAUAGCCUUUACGUCGUACACUACCGUGCCCUACAGCACUGGCCAGCUUCAAACCUGCCCUGAAUCUUUAACGGACUUUUCGCCAGUUGCACUUUAUGAGGACUUCAACAGCACCGACUUCAAUUCCGACUCUGCGGGAUCCCCUGUAUCGCCCCUCUCCCCUGUGCCAAGCGCCACUUCCUUCGGUUUAUUUUCGCCAUAUGGUGAUGAUUUGUUUAGAUGGGGAAAGUUCGAGCGUGAGCACUUUGAGCCUUCCCCAGAGUCUGAAGACUGCUUCAAGUCUGAGCCCUACGACGGAAGCCUCAUCUCGACCCUCCCACCUCGGCCUCUUACCGCCAGCCCAUCCAUCAACCCCGUUGAGCUCUCGCUAGAGGUGCCCACGACAACACAAGACCUUAACUUCAACUUCGAAGGCACAAAUACCAACUCGCCACUGUUCCAGUCUCAAGUCAUGGAUGUAACACCCCCCUCGCAACGCUCCACCCCGGCUGCCGUUAUUGAGCCACAACCACAACAGCAACAACCUAUCGAACUUGCUGAGGAUGUGAAGCGUUACCCCUCGCGCAACAACCUCAAGCGCAAGUCUUCCUGCUCUUCGUCUUCCGAUGAGGAGGAAUGUCGCCCAGCCAAGCGCGUCUCCCUAUCCCCGCCGCCCAACUCGUCCCACAGCCCACCGAUCAAGCAGGAAAAGAGCACUUCCCUCCCAUCCAUGACGGCCCCCAAGAAGACGGCCCACAACAUGAUCGAGAAGAGAUAUCGCACCAACCUCAACGACAAGAUCGCAGCGCUUCGCGACUCCGUUCCAUCUCUUCGCAUCGCAGCCAUGCGCAUGGAGAGCGGCAAUUACGAUGAUGAGUAUGAGGGCGAGGAAGGGGAUUUGAGCGGUCUGAUUCCGGCUCCCAAGCUCAACAAGGCGACCAUCCUCAGUAAGGCGACGGAGUAUAUCAGCCAGCUUGAAAGGAGGAAUCAUGGUCUGGAGACGGAGAACAGUGCAUUAAGAGGGAGGAUGGAAAACU